CUUCUCACCAAGCCCGCUUGCUGCUUCUGCUCCUCGUUCACGGUCCUUCACCUGAGACGGAGUGUGCAUACCUCUGCGGUCUUGUGUAUACGCUAGAAAGGGAAACGCAAUAGGACCAGAGCAGGGACGGUUGACGAUAUGGCUUCAGCCACAGGCAUCCCAGACCUCAACGCAGCGCGCGGCGCAGGGGAAGACGAGCCCCUGCUGGGCCGCAGAGGAGACGCCGCGCAGGUAGAAGGAGAAACAAUAUGGAAGAACCUCUGGCUGGGCACCGCGCCCCUCGCCCAAGCCGGCAUCUUCAUCCUCGCCGCCAUAAUCUGGGGCGCCAUCUUGUCCCACGACCUCAUCUUCUUCUCUGCGCAUCCGCUGCUCAACUCGGCCGGCCUCCUGCUCGCCACGCAAGCCGCCCUCAUACUCCAGCCCACACAUAGCCCGGGCCAGAAGCGCACCGGCACGCUCAUCCACGCCCUGUUCCACCUCUUCGGCCUUGCCGCCCUGCUUGCCGGGUUGGUGGUGAUUGAGAUCAACAAAGCCGGCCCCGGCCACGAGCAUUUUGCGAGCCCGCACGCCAUCCUCGGCCUGACCUUCUACAUCGCCAUCUUCCUGCAAGCCCUCGUCGGCUUCACGCAGUACUACACGCCCUCGCUGUACGGCGGCGUCGACCAGGCAAAGGCCAUAUACAAGUACCACCGCGUGUCGGGCUAUGUGAUUGCGACGCUAGGACUCGCGACCGUGUGCGCGAGCAGCUGGACGACGUACAGUCUGGGUGUGGCGCAUAUCCAGCAUUGGGCCGUCAUUGUGGCCAGCGUGUUGGUGCUGCUGGGCGUUGUGCCGCGGAUCAAGUUGAGUAAGCUGGGGUUGAAGAGGAGCGGUGGGGAGAUUAGGCUGAGCACGUAGGUGGGUGUGGGCGUAAGGUGGCACAAGGUGGUAGAGGAGCAGGUGUGCGCACGGGGCCUUGGAGCGCAUUUCGGAGUAUGCUGUGGUGUAGUGUGGUCUGCUUUUGCUAUGCUUUCGUCGCUUCCUUGUUGUUCGCAGAACGAACACAUCCACGGGCGUUGAGGCAUUGGACGAUCAAUCUCGUUGCAUGGGAGGCGUAGGCACAUUACGUGUCAACGACUUACGCGUAUUGGAUCUUGAAAUCAUAGUAUGCGGUACUGUAGGGGCAGCCGCUGUUCACAGGAGCUUCUAUACGCCAACAAGUCCUAUCAAGUCUUGGUCAAAAUCUCCCGGCGUAUCUGCAGCACAGAAUGAUUGCCUGGAAAGGGCAGC